CGCCCCGCCGCCUCCCCCCACCAUUAACCUCCUAAUCUCCAGUCAAAACCUAAUCUUUUCAGUUUCUAGGGUUUGGUUCGAUCCAGCUCUAUGGAGUUCGAACGGGCGACUGGUUAUGGCAUCAAGCCAAUACACCAGCGUUUGGGCCCUCUUCCCUCCGCCGUCGGCCGCCGUCACAACAAAGUCUGCAUCUAUUGGGAGGCUGGCCGCUGCAAUCGCCGCAAUUGCCCUUACCUCCAUGGAGAGCUCCCUCGAUCUCUCGAUGUCGCCUCCAAGAAGAGGGCUUCCGUCUGGAGAAACCCUAAGACCGCGGGCAAAAGGGAUUCUGAUCUCCCCAGACUGGACGCGGACAAGGAUCAGACCACGUCGCAGGUUAAUAAGCUGUGCAAAGAUUUCAUCGUCGGAUCAAGCUGUGGUCUCGGCGACGAGUGCAAGUCGUUGCAUUCUUGGUUCACCGGUGACAGCUUCUCUCUGCUUACAGCUCUGCCGUCCCACCAAAAGGUUAUUACUGGAAUUGUGUUGCCAUGGGGUUCUGAUAAGCUCUACACUGGGAGCCAAGAUAACACUGUUCGAAUUUGGGAUUGCCAUAGUGGCCGAUGUGUUCAUACUGUUAAUUUGGAAAGCGAGGUUGGCUGCAUGAUCAGCGAGGGUCCAUGGAUUUUUGUGGGCGUUAACAAUGCUGUCAGAGCUUGGAAUACGAAGACAUUCACUGAUCUAGCCCUCAAAGCCUCGGAUGGUAAAUCCCCCGUCGGACGAGUGUAUGCAUUGGCAUUUGAUAACGAAAGUUUAUUCGCCGCAAUUCAGGACGGAUGCAUACUGGCUUGGAAGCUAAAUGACCAAGAAAACAGCUUUGAACCGGCAGUUCCUCUCAAGGGCCAUCAACGCUCUGUGGUCUCGUUAGUCAUCAGAGGUGGAAGGCUUUACUCCGGUUGUAUGGAUAGCACCAUAAGGGUCUGGGAUCUUACUACAUUGCGGUGCAUCGAGACCCUCACUGGCCAUUCAUCGGUCGUUAUGUCUCUCUUAUACUGGGAUAAUUAUCUUUUGUCUUGCUCCUUGGAUGGAACGGUGAAGGUUUGGGCUGUCGGUGACAGCGGCAAGAUGGAAGUUGUGUACACCCACUGUGAAGAUCAUGGAGUCCUUCAAUUAUAUGGGGUGAAUGAUGCACAAGAUAAGCCAGUGCUGUUAUGCGCUCGCAACGAUGAUACAGUUAGUCUUUAUGAUCUCCCGUCGUUCAGCGAGAGGGGGAGGAUUUUCUCUGAGCAGGAAGUUAGAGCCAUUGCUAGAGGUCCUGAUGGGUUGUUUUUCACUGGGGAUGCUUCGGGGAAGCUUAGAGUAUGGAAGUGGGCUGCAAAGGAUGUGACGGUGGCGGCUUCACAUCGAUGACAAUAUGUUUAUGUGUUCAUGGAAACGUGUACGUCGAUUCUUUCUCCUGUGUAAUCUCUGAAAAGGUUGAUCCUGUGUCUCAUUUUGAAGAGAGAGACACUGUACUUCUGAUGUCUGCUGAUCAAUCGAAAUAUCUAUUUUUUUUUUA